AUGCCUUAUAUUGCCCGGACAAGUGCCCUCCCCGAGCUCGCUCUCAGUGGCGGGCUCGUUGACCCCCGAGCCGAUAGACAGGCUUCUUUCGACAAGCGAAUGAACUGCCGGGACGUAAUUGACUUCAUUUCAAACCUCAAGUCUUCCUCUUUGGAAUCGAGGCACGAAAUGGGUGGUGUUAGUCCCACUACUUGGAGUAUGCCAUGCCGCAAGCCAAGUACCGAGUACCAUGCCAAACUUGACGAGAUCCUCGCCCGUUCAAGGGAGAUUGGCCUGCCUUUGGGAGAGAAGAAUCCAGACCAGCCAUUAUCAGACCUUGUACCGGGGUUGGUUAUCAGUGGUGGUCUCAGCCGCUCGCCUGCUUUUGAUUGCUUGCCUGUCGUCUCCCAUUGGACUGAUCGCACCGGUGAGGCUUCAGCAGAGGAUCCUAAUGCUACCGUUCGUCUUUCUUCCACGUGGGGCACCACCCAUCUCAUCGGAGAAGGGACUACUAUGGCUUUUCCUCUUGGAGCCCCAUGCUGGACGCUCAAGACUCACGGCAUAGGGCAUGCCGAAGCUGGGUCAAGUAAAUUCUCUCAGGAAUACAUCCCUGAGACCGACACGCUGACGACGACAAUCAAUCUGGAGCGUCGUAUCGACACCCCUCAGACCGAGGGAGUUCUGGCGGCCGCUGCAAGUGCCUCUUGGAUGCGUAACACGCGCGUUGCAGACGCCGUCGAUUGUGCAGUCGGGCUCCUAGCUAACGCCGCAGCUCUCUUGGAAGCCCGUGAUAAGGUUGUCACUACCGGAAGGACGGAGCGCCUAGCAUUUGCGGAAGUGAGAGCGGUCGAAAUGCCAUCGUGGUGCUCUGCUCGCAAGCCCCUCCCGCCCAAACUGAGCGGCGUGGCGCUCUCGCCUGACCAGGCCACUACCGAUCUCAUCGCAGCAGAGAGUUGCGAGGGCCCUCUGCUCAACACCAGCAUCUUCUCUAUGGGGAUUGGCUACAACCGGGGUGUCUAUGGCGGCUCCAUCUCUGGCUUGUGGGCUCUCAUGGACUCUGGUUUUGUCCUGGAUUACUCCGUCGGCGUCAAAGAUUCUGCAAUGGCAGAGAAACUCUCUUCUGCUUUCUCAGAUGUAGCUGCCGUUGCUGAAGUAGCCGCCUCUGCUGGCCCGCACAUCACCGAUAUACGGAUCGUCAAGGGCUGUAAUUAUGCAUGCUUACGCCAGAAGACCAUCAUCGAGGAUACCCACCCUGUCCCUUCCCGUUCCUGUGUGGUUAUAUGGGACGAUCUCGCCCAGCUUGCCCGUUACAAGCUGGCGGAUGCCGUCUUCUGCCACGUGUAUUAUGAUGCGGGUGGCGGUGAACAUAUGGCUGCUAUCGCCGGCCUUGGCUGCGUUGCACACGACUGGAUUGAUAUCGGAGCUGAUGUGGCGUGCGGAGAAGUAAGCAACAUCAUCCCGUCUCUGACCGGGGGGUCAUUGGAGGAAGAACCACUGGCUGAAGUUUACUCCCGCUUGACUGGUACCAUGAUCUGGUAUCGGGACAACGAUCCCUAUAACCCAGCAGCACUCUGCCUUCUCUUCACGCACUGGUGGCAACUCGCCAACUGCCGACACAGACCCAUCAGUCUUCUCGGCAGGACAGACCUCGGUGUCGGUGCGGCCAUCGCUGCCACCAUACCGGAAGAGAGGCCCUCGUUGGAGCACUUCCGAGCAUGCGGCACUAAGGUUGAACGUGGGGAGCGUCCCUUUGCCAAUGCCGAGGCACGGCUCCAAUCAAUCCUUGCCUCUAAUCCUUUGCCGGAAACUCGUGCCGUCAUCGAUCUCCUAGUAAACCCUGUCCUCGCCUAUGUCAAGGGGGCUGAUAGCCUUCCGUCCGAGAGUGAGUAUGUGGGGGCCGUCCUCGCUGCCGAACUGGCUUACCCCCACGGACAGAAGAUCAUAGAGCUAUGGGACCUUGCUAUCGUCAUGUGGGAGUGCGGUGCAUUAUGGGCAGCUGGAGUGGCAGGUCUUUGCUAUACUCACACCGGAAAGGCCAACUGUGACCGGGCUCGGGAAGACUUGGCUGACACCACCUGGACUUGA